AUGGCCACAUCGACGCUCGUUCUCAGUAGCACGGCGAUGACUCCUCCGCUAGACAAUUUGAAUUCGACAACCUCGUACCCCAAUGCCGCCGCUCUGGCGUCCUCAUCGUGUCCUUCAUGCGGCUACCAUCUCCCUUUCUCUACUACGACCGAAACAGCCGCCGAGGCCCAGCGCCGCAUCCAAGACCUCGAGGCCCAAGUAAGACUGCUCAACCAGAAAGCCGCCGCCGCCGUGGACAAGUUGGCCGACUAUGAAGACGAGAUCCGGUAUCUCAGAGAAGCGGCAGCGCGGUCAUCCGGGCAGCAACAGCAACAGCAGACACAAGCGAUCAGUACAAGUCUUGAAGGUCAUGGUCCAGCACUCACGCCCACACCGCCCAGUCAUCCUUCGUCCAGGCUGGCAAGUCUAAGCGCUCUGUUGCCGGGGCGAAGAAAAGAGUCCAACUCGUCCAAUCCGCCCGUGACACCCGCGACAUCGACGUUUCCUCAGAACAGCGCCGCGUAUGCCAACAAUACGCUCUCGCCUCCCAAGACGCCGUUUUCGAAUCAUUCGGCGCCCAUUCUACAAGCGACGCAGUCGGAUGGUCACGUUGUUACAUUGUCGUCUUUACAAAGUUCUCUUGAAGAAGAACGCAUGCUCCGUCUGCGUGCCGAGUCUAGUCUGUCCCAGGCGCAAAGUGAGCUCGAAGAUCUGACGGCACAAUUGUUCGGUCAGGCCAAUGAGAUGGUGGCAACUGAGCGCAAGGCCAGGGCCAAGCUGGAGGAACGGGUUAAGGUCCUUGAGCAGAGGGACCUGGAUAAGAGGAAGAGACUGGAACGGUUGGAGAAGGCUAUCCAAAGGAUUGAAAGGGUCCGGGCUAUGGUGGGAGAUUGA